GCGCGCCGGGGGCGUGGCCGGCCCCCAGAGUCGACUCCGGGAACAUGGCCGCCGGCGGCGGGCGGCUGGUUAUGCGGACGCUACCUGCGCCGGGCUGGGUGCGGGGAUCGGACCCCGCGGUGCUGAGCCGCCUGCGCGACGCGGCCGUGGUCAAACCCGGCUUCCUGAGCGCAGCGGAAGAGGAGACGCUGAGCCGCGAGCUGGAGCCCGAACUGCGCCGCCGCCGCUACGAGCCAUCCACGGCUUCCGCGAGACUGAGAAGACGCUCUGGUCGCAGGCGAGCCGGGCCAUCCUGGAGCGCGUACGGGCCGCCGCCUUCCCGCCGAGCCAGGCCCUGCUGCCCGCGGUGCACGUCCUGGACCUGGAGCGUCGGGGCUUCAUCAAGCCGCAUGUGGACAGCGUCAAGGUGCAGGAUUGGGGGGGCGCAGCAGGAGCUGGGGGCUGGGGGCUUCGCUCACCGGCACCCCCCAACUCUGUCUCCUCCCCGACCCGACCCCCAGUUCUGCGGAGACACCAUCGCGGGCCUGUCCCUCCUGUCCGCCGGCGUCAUGCGUCUGCGGCACGUCCAGCAGCCCGGGCAGUGGCUGGAGCUUCUGCUGGAGCCCGGCUCCCUCUACGUCCUGAGGGGCCCCGCCCGCUAUGACUUCUCCCAUGAGAUCCUCCCGGACGGCGAAUCCUUUUUUGGGGAACGCCGUGUCCCCCGGGGGCGACGCAUCUCGGUCAUCUGCCGCUCCCAGCCGGAAGGGACCGGACCUGGUGGGGGUGAAGGGGCCCCCCAGCCUGCUGGGCCCACCACCCCCGCACCCCCAGCUGCUAAAUAAAGUGGACUGACCUCCC